GAUGUGGAUGUUCAGCAAGAGAUUCUCCAGUAUGGUGUGGACCAGAGCCUACCAACAUUCACUGAUGGAGAAGAUGCUGUCAGCUGGUGGGCAGAUGUUUGACACAGGAAGGUACCCAGCACUCACCAAAACAGCACAGGCAGCAUUGUCUGUGUUCCAUGGGCCACUGAUUGAGUCAUCUUUCAGUUACAUGUCAGAAAUCAUUGACUCAAAAAGUGGCAGCAUGAGCAUCAGCACUCUGAGUGCCAUCCAAACUGUGAAACACACCAUGCUGACCCAAAAGAAGACUGCAGUAGAAAUGUUCAAUAGAGAAGACAUAAAGUAUGGGCCAGUGGAUCAGAAGAUGUGUCAAAACAUCCUGUCGGCUGGAAGUAAGGACAAAGCUUUAAGAAAGCAAGCAGCCUUGAAGGAGAUGGAGAGACGGAGGGUGUCCGACUGCCAGCCAUCCUCAAGCGCUGCCGCAGCCAGAAGAACCAAGGCAGAAGAGGAGGCUCUGGCCAGAAGGAGGCAUGCGGCCAAACAACGAAAGCGAGCUUGUGAAACCCUUGUCCAGGCUAAGAAGAAAAAAAAUGAAUGUUUUUCAAAAAAGAAUGACGACCUUGAGAAUCGCUCACGCCGUUCUAAUUUACGCAUCAUUGGGCUGGAAGAAAAGGCGGAGGGUGUCGAUGCUGAAUCCUUUCUGGAGAAUUGGCUUACCGAAGUCCUUGGAGCAGAGAACUUUCCCCACCCGCUGAGGAUCGAGCGAGCUCACUGCAUCGCGGUUACUCCGCCUGGCUCUUCAGGCAAGCAGAAGCCGGCCACUGAACGUCCUAGACCACUCAUCGCGAAAUUCCUGAACUUCAAAGAUAAAGUUCGGGUGAUGAAUGCGGUACGGAAGAAGAAGGCGAUUAUGUACAACAACCGACAGGUAAAGUUUUUCUCAGACUUUUCCUCCGAGGUGCAACGCCAGAGGAACGCCUACUAUGCGGCAAAACAGACUCUACACUCCAAGGGAAUCGAGUACAGUCUUCAGUAUCCUGCCAAGCUCCGGGUGACUUAUCUGGGCAAAGAUAUCGUCUUCCAGACGCCCGGAGAAGUGGAUAAGUUUCUUCACAGCAUUGAUGAUGAAUCUAUUUCAGAGUCAGAGUGA